AUGAUUCCAUACAGUAGUUCGGCAGGUUCCGGUGGUAUCGUACAGCUGACGAUGGCAGCGCCCUCUAAUGUUAAUCCGACAAACUUUGCCUCAGGGAUAACUCUUGGUGUGAGGACUUACGCCAUCAAUGCCCAGACAGCCGUUAAUUCAAACCCUACAUUUACAAACCUAGACCAGACCUUGACCUACCUUGACACAGAUACCCCGCCCACCACUCUACUUACACUGAUCUAUAGCGAUGUCGAUCCGAAGGAUACUGUACUUACUGUCGCCAUGACGACAACAUCAAGCGAGUUUCAAUUAAAUGGGGAUGAAGUCCAGCCACAGACUGGUCAAUGGUCAGUUGGAACGUACCCACUGACUUUCACCGUUACUGACCAGUGUGGUAAUGUUGGUAGUGGAACUCUCACUGUGGAGAUCACCAACACCCCACCGGAUAUGACUGCAAUGGUGUCGUCAGAUAGUGUGAAAGAGGACGUGGCUGUCCAAACUCAUAUGACAGACCUGACAGUGACAGACGUUCAGGGAUACAGUUGUAUCUACACAGGUCCACACCCCUUCAAUGUUCAACCGAAAACAACCGGAAGUACAACAUAUUCUUUAUUCCUGAAUGGCGAGGCCAACCUGAACUACAACACACAGAACCAGUACACGCUGACCAUCACGUGCACAGACAAUCUGGGUUUGUCCUCCACCAAAGACAUCGUAGUUAGCAUCAUAGAAAACGCACCACCAUCAAUGAACAACCUUCCCAGCGCUGUCGAUGUGGACACACUGGCCACCACAACCAGCACAGGGAUAUUUCCGAUAGCAGGAGUAGAUACAGAUUCCACGAACUUAUUUUACAACAUGACAUGUACUCCUGUCAACUGUCCAUUCCAAGUCCUUAGUUCGGGGAAGAUUGUGGCCACAGAAGAUUUAAAUUUACACAAGACACCAGCUUAUGACAUCAAUGUUUGGAUAUAUGACAAAUGGUCACUUGUUGGUCCCGAGACUCUGAGUGUCACAAUCACGAAGGAGAAUGUAACUGUUUUUGAGGAACUAGAUCGAUCAUUUACGAAUGACGAAAUCAGAGAAGUUUUCAAUAAGGCCAAAUCUGGCAAGUCACCAGACAUCAAUGACAUCCCUGAGAUUAACAAUAUUCCUAGUGGCCUGAUCGUGUCCGUCCCAGAGAACACCGCUACGUCAAAGUACUUGAUAAACGCUGAUGUUACGGACGGAAAUGCUGCGGACACCCAUAGGUUUUCGGCUGUAUUUACGCCAGCAGAGGGCUCCAACUACUUCAGUCUCUAUCGCCGGUACAAAUUUGAUGAAACUAUGACAAUACAUGAACAAAAGAAAGAUUUACACGGAGACUCCGGCAAAGUACGAAAAGGAAAGAAGACCAUGUGUUCCGGAUGGACAGAUGGAAUUGUGACGCCGAAAGUUAACCUUGACUACGAAGAACUGUUAGCUAAAGAAAUGACAUCAUUUGACGUUGCCAUGACAGCAGACGACGGAAGAGAACAAUCAACUACCAAAUAUUUCACAAUAGAAAUUACAGACGUCAACGAACAACAAACGGGGUUUUCACAACCCACUUAUCAAAUAGCUGGUGUAGAGACAACUACCACUUUCCCAGACCUCAGCCCUACGUUGGCCAAUUCUGUUAUUGACCCAGACGAUAAGCGAGACACACAGACACUUACCAUGGACUGUGGCGCAAACACGGGGUUGUUUUCUAUGGACCCUAGCACAGGGCGUGUCACCAAGGCAGCGGAGUAUGACCUUGACGCUUCACAGAAAACGUCUGAGACUAUAACGUGUGUUGUGACAGCUACUGAUGAAGCUGGGCAUACUGUCACCGCUGACUUAAACAUCGUCAUCAAUGAAGAAAACGACAACCCGCCCCUGUUGAAUAAGGACACGUACACAUAUUUUCUGCCAAUAAACACGAGAGCAGGAUCACAAUUUGGGCCAUUCUCUUCCACAGACAUCGAUGUCCUGCCUGACCAUAACGAUACGUCCUACACGUUGACAGGAGGGGCGGGGCUCUUCGGCGUGACAGACUGCUGCAGAAUUUACAAUAAUGUCAACUUUAGCACCACGACCUACAACGUAGGUGAUUCGUUUCCAAUGACCUUGACUGCCAAAAACAAUAAUGGCCUCAAGGACACUGCUGCUGUGAACGUCAUCCUUAUUGACCCUGUGACUACCACAGCCGCUUCCGCCGCAACGGCCAUCACCACUACAUCUUCCCCCUCGUCACUAGCGUUUCCCAACUUUGAUGAUUUAGGGAGUAUUUCCAACUUCCUGGACGACCCCGAGACCCUAGCCUGGUUUAUACCAAUGGUGAUCCUACUGGCCGCUAUGUUAACACUGCUCGUCUACAUAAUAUACAGAUGUAUACGAAGUCCUGGUGCUUUUUCCAAAAUCGGAAAAUUAUGCAAUAGCAGGUCGAUGCGGUGCAAAUGGCGUAGUCGUAGCAAAAGGAUCACGAAAGUUAAACUUCCAAAAAAGGUCAAAGCCAAGAACAUCAAAGGAAACAAAGUGGCCUCUCAAUCAUGUGGUACAAAGAUUGUCGGAGAAGCCAGUCCCGCAACUGUCGUAGACAAUCUCGAUACAGCAUCAACAGGUGUUGGGUAUCUAACCACGGAUACAAAGUAUACAUUUGACUGCUGUGGACUUGUCACCAAGUGGCAUACUGUUAUUAGUGCUUUAGGUACAAUUCGAUUUCAAAUAUGGCGACCAAAUGGAGCUAAUUAUGACCUUGUAGGCGAAAAUAUAUUUACCUUCAAUACAAAUUCGAACCCUACAUUUACAAACCUAGACCAGACCUUGACCUACUUGGACACGGAUACCCCGCCCACCACCUUGCUCACGUUAACCUUCACUGAUAGUGAUCCACAGGAUACCGCACUAACUGUCGCCAUGACAACUACAUCAACACAGUUUCAAAUAGAUGCGACAUAUCAAGUCCAGCCACAGACUGGUCAAUGGUCAGUUGGAACGUACCCACUUACUUUCACCGUUACUGACCAGUGUGGUAAUGUUGGUAGUGGAACUCUCACUGUGGAGAUCACCAACACCGCACCGGAUAUGACAGCCAUGGCUACGGCAGCUAGCGUAAAGGAGGACGUGGUUGUCCAGACUCAUUUGACAGACCUGACAGUGACAGACGUCCAGGGGUACAGUUGUACCUACACAGGUUCCCACCCAUUCAACGUUCAGCCGAAAACAACCGGAAGUACAACAUAUUCUUUAUUCCUGAAUGGCGAGGCCAAUCUAAAUUACAACACACAGAACCAGUACACGCUGACCAUCACGUGCACAGACAAUCUGGGUUUGUCCUCCACCAAAGAUAUCGUGGUCAGCAUCACAGAAAAUGCCUCGCCUUCUAUGAACAACAUUCCGAACGCUGUAGAUGUGGACACGCUGGCCACCACAACCAGUACAGAGAUAUUCUCGAUAGCAGGAGUAGAUACAGAUUCCACGAACUUAUUUUACAACAUGACAUGUACUCCUGUCAACUGUCCAUUCCAAGUCCUUAGUUCGGGGAAGAUUGUGGCCACAGAAGAUUUAAAUUUACACAAGACACCAGCUUACGACAUCAAUGUUUGGAUAUAUGACAAAUGGUCACUUGUUGGUCCCGAGACUCUGAGUGUCACUCUAACAAAUAUCAACGACAUUCCUGUGAUCAGUAAUAUACCGACUGGACUGUCCCUGUCUAUUCCUGAAAAUUCCGCCAUAAGUACAGUCAUUCUUGACACUGCUGUUACAGAUGGAAACCCUGGAGAUACCAAUACGUUUUCCGCUGUAUUCUCGCCGGCAGAGGGCACAAAUUACUUCAGAAUCAUAAGUGGGACUGGUGUGAUAAGGCCGACUCAAGUCAUCGACUAUGAGGAGUUGCUUGGCAAUGGAGCGACGUCAUUUAAUGUCGCCGUCACAGCCAAUGAUGGUCGGGAAGAUUCAGUAACAAAGUACUUCACUUUAGCCGUAACAGAUGUCAAUGAACAGCAGACCGGAUUUACACAAGACACGUAUCAAAUUUCAGGAGUUGAGACAACUACCACUUUCCCAGACCUCAGCCCUACGUUGGCCAAUUCUGUUAUUGACCCAGACGAUACGCGAGACACACAGACACUUACCAUGGACUGUGGCGCAAACACGGGGUUGUUUUCUAUGGACCCUAGCACAGGGCGUGUCACCAAGGCAGCGGAGUAUGACCUUGACGCCACGAAGCAGCCAUCUGACACUGUCGCGUGCGUCGUAACGGCAACAGAUGAAGCCGGACACACUGUCACGACUAAUUUGAACAUCAUCAUUAACGAGGAGAACGACAAUCCACCUGAACUAAACCAAGAUGUAUACACCUACUUCCUUCCAAUUAAUACCGGAGCGGGGUCACAGUUCGGUCCCUUCUCCUCCACUGACGCUGACGUGCUCACUGACCAUACAGACACCACCUACACCUUGACCGGGGGGUCGGGACUGUUUGGCUACACGGAUUGCUGCAGUAUCUACAACAAUGUCAACUUCAGUACGACAACUUAUAACGUGGGUGAUUCCUUCCCUAUGACAUUGACCGCAUUAAACAAAAAUGGUUUAAAAGAUACUGCUACCGUUAAUGUCAUCCUCACUGAUCCAGUCACCACAACAACUGUCACUGCUGCCACUACAACCACAACGGUAGCAUCGGCGGCAACGUUAGCGUUUCCAAGCUUUGGUGGCAGUGGGAGUAUUUCAAGCUUUCUUGAUGACCCUGAAAACCUCGGAUGGUUUAUCCCGACUAUGAUCCUCUUAGCCGCCAUGUUAGCGUUGCUAGGAUACAUGAUAUACAGAUGUAUUCGGAACCCUGGAACAUUUGCCAAACUUGCCAAUAUUUGCAAGGGAAGGACUUUAAACUGUAAAUGGCCACAACGCAGUAAGAUGGCUACCAAGACAAAACCACCAAAAAGAAUCGGAGCAAAAAACACUAAAGGGAACAAAGGAAACAAAGUUCGCCAGUUGGAUAAAAACGACCAGAAUUAUGAAUGGAACAUUUGGUCCCACUCCGACUUCGGAAACAAGGCGUAA